UAUCAUAUAUGUGCACAUAUUCUAAAAUCUGAAGAAAAUGGAAACCUGAGAUGGUUUUAGUGCCAAAUAUUUUGGAUAAGGUUUACUCAACCUAGGGUAAUUUUCUAGAAUUUAGUGAGAUGUAAAACUGCACAAAGGCAGUAGGAGACUGAGACUAUUACAGCAUCAGAUCAUCCAGUAGGGUAUGCCAGGCAACAGGUUCUACAGAACCUACAGCAAUCUUACUUUUUUUCCCGUGACAUAAUGUAGUUGAAACUUAUGGCAUAUUGUCUGGUUCAAAGUGACACUUAAUGUAGAUUUAAGUGAAUGAAAUUUUUUUUACUAAGAGAAUGAAAACAAGGUAAUUGAGAAUUUAUAAUAUUUCUGUAGCUAAAUAGAUGUAUCUAGAGUGACCCUAACCUUUUCCUUGGGCCUUGCAUGGUGUUUGGGAGUAUUUUUGUAGGUGUUUGAUAAUUGAUUGAUUGAAUUGAACACGUUUAAGCAUGCUUUUAAUUAAUAUCCUAAGUGGAAAAACAUGUAUAUUAUGAGGAAGUAGAUUUGUUUUGUUUAUAUUAUUUAUCAUGUUUUCAGACUGGGUCUAGCAAGGAAACGGAUGGUUUUGCAAAUGGCUAGAUUGGGUGUGUUUCCUUUGUAGUCCAGGCUGUGUGGUUAUGGCUACAUAAAAAAAUCCUGCUUUUUUAUAACACAUGAUCAAGCAUGUUGGUAUAUUCACACGGUAUUCAACUAGAAUAAUCCAUUGCUUUUGAAGUGUAAUGUUUUAUGUGGAUUUUAGAGGUAGUGUUCAAGAAGAACUUCUUAAAUACCUAAAAAUAUGCAGGGGCGAAUGUAGACUGUAAAAUGAAGGAGCAAGCAGUUUAGGUUUACGGUAGUCUGAGCUGGGUGUAACCUAACUAGCUAGAGGAUAUGCAAUUCCUGAUUGACAGCAGAACCAGCAUUAUGCAGAUUCUGUCUGGGAGAACACCCAGCUCAGAAACUGUGAUUAGAUCUCGGUUAGAAAUCCUUGCUUUCACCACUCAUAUAUUUUAGUUUUUUUGUCCACUGAAUUUGUAAACAAAUAGCACAAAACAGUUCUUCCUUUGUUUUUGUUAAAGUGAUAACUGCACUGCAGUUUCAGUCUAACAGCCAGAUAUACAUGUGUGGAAAUUCGAUAUUCUCACUAAAUUAGCUAAUUUUUAGCUGUGUUCCAUGCUUAUCUCUAGACCUUUGUGCAUUAAAUCCUAUCUCGAGCGGUUCUCUCCAGACACAAGUGUGUUUUGCUUGUGCCUUCCGGUCUUCAGUGAGAAGCUUUAUGUAGGUCAGGCUUGGUUUAAGCAGAUUUCCUGAACCUGCGUCAGCUUAAGCUGGAGGAAUUUUAAUAAACCCUCCCCUGUAGGCGUGGGCCUAAAUGAGGCUAGCCUAGUUAAGCCUGAUCUUUUUUCUGUUUGUGAAAAGAGCUGAACAGAGCUGAAAGCUGCGUGGUGUUUUCAGAUACUGCCUACUUAAUUUGAAAAGAACAAUGGUAGGAAAGGCUAGAUCUUCCAAUUUUACCUUAUCUGAAAAGCUUGAUUUACUAAAGCUUGUGAAGCCAUAUGUGAAAAUUCUCGAAGAACACACUAAUAAACAUUCAGUAAUAGUGGAAAAGAAUAGAUGUUGGGAUAUCAUAGCAGUUAACUAUAAUGCAAUUGGAGUAGACCGCCCUCCUCGAACAGCACAGGGCCUACGAACCCUUUACAAAAGGCUCAAAGAAUAUGCCAAACAGGAGCUAUUGCAGCAAAAAGAGGCCCAAUCAGAUUUUAAAAGCAAUAUUUCUGAGCCAACCAAGAAAGUUAUGGAGAUGAUUCCCCAGAUUUCCAGUUUUUGCCUGGUAAGAGACAGGAACCACAUACAAAGUGCAAACUUGGAUGAGGCUGCACAAGCUGGUACCAGUUCACUACAGGUAAUGUUGGAUCACCAUCCUGUUGCUAUUACAGUGGAGGUAAAGCAAGAAGAAGAUAUUAAACCACCUCCUCCACUGGUUUUAAAUCCUCAAUCUAGUAAUACUUUAGAGCAAAGAGAAGAACAUGAAUUAAUACAUGUUAUGGAAAGAUCUUUAUCACCAUCACUUUCCUCUGUUGAUAUGAGAAUGACAUCGUCUCCAUCUUCUCUUCCAAGGAGAGAGGAUUUUUUUCGGCAUGAGAGUGGAGAACACAUUAGGUCACUAUCAGGGUAUGAUCCUCAGGUCCUGCAAAUGUUGAGAGAGGAACAUCAGAUAAUUUUAGAAAAUCAAAAAAAUUUUGGAUUGUAUGUUCAGGAGAAGAGAGAUGGAUUGAAGAGAAGGCAGCAGCUAGAGGAAGAGCUGCUGAGAGCAAAAAUUGAAGUGGAGAAACUGAAAGCAAUUCGCUUACGACAUGAUCUACCUGAAUAUAAUAGUCUCUAAGAUAUUUUUUGCAGCCUUACAAUUAGAUAAUUUAAUUUUGGCCAAAUUUACUGUAAUUUGGGAAUACACCGAAAUAGAAUGCAUGUUUUUAAAAAAUGCUGGUAUCUGUUGUGAACAGUUUUUUUGACAUGGUUUUUAAAUUUAAUAUUCUUUUUAGAUGUUCAGGCUUGCUGAUUGGUCUCUCUAGUAAUAGUUUUCAUUGUCUUCUCUGUGGUUUUUUUCCUAAUAUAUUUAGUUGUUAGCUUUACAAGAGGUUUUAAAAAAAUUUUCAUCAUUAGAAUACACACGAAAUUUAUACAAACAUUUUAUUUCGAAGUUCUGAGUCUUUAGCACUUUUAGGUAGAACUUUGAAAGGUAUAAUUAAAAUAUUUUGGUUUAGGUUUUCUUUUGUUUUUUUUUGAGACAAGACCUUGCUAUGUAGCCCAGGCUUGUUACGAGUUUAUGAUGUUGGCCUCAAACUUUUGAUUCUUUUGUUUCAGCCUUGUGAGUGCUGGGAUUGCAGGCAUGCCCACCAUGAUCAGCUUGUGAUGAAAGGGUUUCAAAUCAGUGCAGUUUAGAAGCUGUACUAAUUUAAUAAGUUUAUCGGUAUGGACCUUUUUACUGUUUGCAUUUUUGAAGAACUACAUCCUAGAUUUUCAAGGUGGAAGAUAUGUAUAAAAGACUUUUCUCACCACAUUUUGAGUUUAAAAAAGGUGAGGUCUACGGAAAACUUAGUAACAGAAGCACAACAGAACAAGGACGUUAGCAUUUUAUUUCAUUAAAAUUGCUUUAUAGAUUGUUAUAUUAUGAAAUCAAGGGAAUUAUAUCAUUACGCCUUCUCUUUUGUUUUUUAUUUAUAUAUUUAUUUUUGUCUUUUUGAGACAGGGUCUCACCAUGCAGUUCAGGCUGGCCUUGAGCUCACUUUGUAGACCAGGCUGGUCUUGAACUUGCAGUGAUCCUCCUGCCACAGCCUCCUGACUACUGGGAAUAUUUUUAUUUUCUUGAGAUAGGGUAUCACUAUGUAGUUCAGGCUGGCCAUGAGUUCAGUAUGUAGCCAGGCAGGGCUCCAACUCAAAGCUGUCUUCCUGCCUCAGCCUUUAAAUACUAGGAUUAUAGACAUGUGCCCCCACACCUGAUUCUCCUCUUUAUUAUCUUUAAUUAACUUAAGUGUAUAUAUUUAAGACAUACACUUAGAUACACAUAUGUACAUGUAUGUACUUAGACAUUUACUUAUGUACACAUGCAUUUUAUGUAUGUAUAUAAUGUAUGUAUACAUGUAGUAUAUUUACUUAUAUCUUAUACAUAUAUAUUCAUUUAUGUUUGGUGCUAAGGGUUAAACCAGGCCCUGCAGAUACUAGGCAAGUGCUGUCCCAUACCCUUGGCCCAAUGCUAUUGCAUAUUUUGAUGGUGUGGUUUAAGGUUGUGUCUUUAUUUUAAAUGCCUUAUUCUAGGGAAGGUUUUUUUCACAGUAAAAGUCAGAAUAAAAAGAUGAAAAUCUUAACUUCGAUUGAAAAUAGCAAAGAUUCAAACUGUUUAUAGUUUAUGGUAUAAUCUGGUAGCCUUUAGGGAUAAAUAUUGCUAUUUUAGUAUUUGUGUAAAUAAAACAUUGAAUUUUCGAGCAUACAUAUGUAAAGUUACGAUUAACUUUUAAUGUGUGUACUUGUUAAGGGUUUCCAUAUUUGCUGGAAUCUUGUUGAGGGAUUUUAAGCCAAGCUUUGGAAGGGGUAAGGUAGAGUUUCAGCAAUAUUGGGGCAAAAGGGUGUUUGAAAUCGAUGAGAACUUGAAAAAAGACAAAGAGAACAGCAAAAGGUGGAUCAGUGUAUGCAAGUACAAAUAUUCUGCUAACCAAAUGAUUUCAAGUGAGUGUAGAGAUAGCUAAUUUGAUAACCUGGACUAGGACAUCUCUGUAGACUAAAUGGGUUUGUUUCUGUUGAACUCAUGCAGAAAUUUUACAUAUAGCCAGGUGUCUGCAUUUUAUGUGAAAAAAAUUUCUAAUUUAAAAAUGCUUACAAGUAAUGGAAAAAUGAUUUUCAAACACUGCACAGACCAUGGAGUGGGCCUCAUUUCCCAGAGAGCCUUCAGUGUGUGGCCUUUAAAGUAGAGCAGUGUUCACAAGUAUAGAUCUGGAGCAGCAGCAGCAUCACUUGAGAACUAGUUAGAAAUUACAUUUAUUCCAGUUGAAUCAGAAGCUCUGGAGAUGGGACCUGUCCCCUUUCAGAGAUCCUGAAGCUAGCUAAACUUUGAGAGCAAUGCAAUAGAGUAAUCAGAAUUUACUGUGUUGCCUAAAUUAGGCUAGAAUCUCAAAAAUUUUUGCAGAAAAGCAAAGUAGGUGAAAGUGAACUGAGAGAUAUCAGCUUGGGUGUUGGUUGAGGCCAGAUUAUAGCUUGCAUUAAAUUCUGCUUUUAAGGAGCCAGACAGCUGAAUGUAUGGUAGGUAGCUAUUGAUGGAUGGCUCUUGAGUAUGAAGAUAUGAUUAAAGCUGGUUCUUACAGUAUUAUAGUCACAUUUAAGAAUACACAUUGUAGUACUGAGAGAAAGUUAAAUCAGAAAUUUAAUGACUGUAGAAAUAGAAAAAAAUAAAGGGAAUUCUCAUGGCUACUAUUUUAGCCUGUUGAUUAUGUAACUUCAUUUGUUAAAUUAAUAGAGCAUUUUUAUAUCUGCUGUUAGAUUUUUAUUAUAAAAAUGUCUUGAACAUAUAUUCCUUUGAUAAUUUUAUCUUUUUAAUUUGACCUGUGACUUUGCUUUGAGUGUAAUGAAUCUUCCAAAUUGAGGUAAUAUUUUUAUUAUAUGAUUCUAGUAAAUACUGUAGAAAGCUUUAACUUUUUCAAAUUAUUGAAAGCAAAUUACUGUACAAAAUUUAAUUUGUAUUAUAAUUUCAAAAUUCUACCACUUAAAAUUGACAAUGUUCAACUUGAGUGUUUACUUUAUACAAUGAAAUAAGUUUUCCAGAGUGUGUAUUGUGUACUAUUAAUUCUGUGAGGUAUUUCUACAAAACAGUUCUGUGUUCAAAAAAGUGCAUGUAUCUUUUUUGAUGGUUUGAUUCUGAAUCAGUGUGAAAGGUAGAAAAUUUAUGUAUAUACACAGUUGCCUUUGAGAAGUCCUUUGCUGCGCAUAUAAUAGUGUAUACAUAAUUUGCUGCAAUCAUUUUUACCUGACAUUGUUUAAGCUUGCUGUGUCUUUGGUUGUGGCACGUGUCCUACUCACUAGCAUCAGGGGCUGUAUAAGAUGAAAAAUCUCAUUUUUACUUGUUUUUAGACACCAGAAUUCAUUGCAGUGUUUACUGCAGCAAUUUUUCUGAGUCAGUCUUGUCUAAUUUUAUUUGGCAAAAGUUUAAAUGAAUAUAAUCCUCCUCCAUUCUCACCACUUCAUUCAUGCAACCAUGAUUACCAUAAAGCAAUUUAUAGUAAAUUUUGGUUUAAAGAAAUUGCUAAUUUGACCACAGAAUCCUUUUUAGAAUCUGUUUACUGUCUUGCAGAGCAUGUUAUGGAAAUUCUGAGCUAAACUGUUCUCUUUAUUUAUUUGUUCAUUUAUUUGAAGUAGGGACUGGCUAUGUGGUUCAACCAGGCGUUGACAGUUUUCUUUUUUUUUUUGGUACCAGGGAUCAAACUCAUGACUUUGCAACUUUGUGCUUGCCAGUCAGGCAUUUACACCACUGAGCUAAAUCCCUGGCCCCUAUCAGCCAGGCUUUGAAUUCACUUUGUGUAAUCCAGACUAGCUUUGAAUUUACAGCGAUCCUCCUGUUUCAGCCUCCCAAGUGCUGGGAUUACCGGCAUGCACCAUCAUCAUGUCUGAUUAUUCCCUUUUUAAAAAAUAUAUUCAUACUUGAGUUUGGGGACUGCUUACCAACUCAACUUGUAAUUUUUGCUGAGGAUAAGUUUAAAUAGGAAUAUAGUAGAGUAAAUUCAGGUAGGAGCAAUGGAAUAUACAUUGACACUUCCAGAAUCCUGCAUAUCAUAGAAAACUGAGAGCUUAUGUACAAAAUGUACAUGGGAAAAUAGAGUAAUUUUAUUUUUAUUUUAGGAUUGAUUCUGUAGAAGUAUUUUGAAUUUGAAAAAGUCAAAACAUCAUUGAAUACAUAAGUAAUUUAGAUAGUGUUUAGGUUACUUUUGCUACCUUCCUUUCUCUUACAGAUAUAAACUUAAAUGAAUGUUAUUAUUGUGACUUACAGUUUUCUUAAUAAAGUAUGAUUUAUAAUGGCAUUCUGAAAAAGUUAAACCUUUUUUAUUUCUAAAAAAUGAAAGCUUUCUUGAAAUAGUCAAAUUACAUUUUUUUAUUUUGUAUAAUGAGCAACUUGAUGUUCAUUUUUGAAAUUCUUCUAUCUUUACGUACAUGAAAAUGUUUAAUUAUUUUCCAUGUGCCUUUUUUGGCAAUAAUGUCAAAUUUUAGAUGUUUAAAUAUCUUAGAGUGCAAUACAUUGUAUUUGAUACAUAUUGUUGAUGGUGGUUAAAUAAAUGACUUGUUAAUAUAUGUUCUUUUAAGUACCUGAUAAUGCAUUGUACUUUACUCCUUUUGUUGCCAUAGGACAAAGAAUUCAGUACAAUAGCAGUAAACUUUUUGAUGAGGUAUGAUGGAAUUUAUUUAGGUGGUCGUAUUGUAAUAGAUACCAAAUGUAUCUUAUGUCUCAUAAUACAUUUCUGUUUUCAGAUGUUAAGAUCUACAAAUUCUCAAAAUCAAAUACUCAGUGGUGAACUUAAUUAUAAAUAAACAUAAUUAAAUAAAAUGUGGUUGCAUAAGUGAAUUUGUAAAAUAUACAACCUAACUAAACAUUAACAGAAUCGUGUUUUUGUAUAUACUUCGAGGUAUUAUUUAAUGUAUUUUUAUGUAUCUUUUAAGUUGAUUAAAACUAAUGGUUAUAAUCUAAAAUUGUAUCAUUUAUUUAAAGUUUUAAAUUGCUUUGUAAAUAGUGGAACACAAAAUAAAUAAAUAUGCUAAUAAA